CGACUGACAAGAUACAGUGGGGUAUGGAACAAGGGAUCAUCAUGAACAACUAACCCAUCAACAAGCAGCAACACCACAGUGUCCUCUCCACUGAGUCAUAAUGGAGGCCUUUUGGACUGCGAAGUGAGGACUCACUUCAUACAAGUGUACAGUACAUGGUGAAAAGAGAAACAAAGAGUCUUCUCCAUAUGCUGGGUAAUGUUGGAAUUAUGAUGAGGAGCUGGAAGGUUGUGGCCAGUUUGCUGGGCUUCUGGCUCAUCAUCCUGCUGUACAUGAGCAUGAACCUGUUCCAGGCCGACAACUCUGAAAGAGCAGAACGGCAGCUUGUUCAGGCCAUAGGGGAACUAGAUGUGCUCAAGUCCCAGAAUGAAGAGCUCAAGAAACUGGCUGUAGAACUAAAGGACAUAAAGAUAGCAAGUCUUGCUGGUGCUGGGAAUGUAGAGGCAGUAAAGGAGAUACAGAAUAAGCUAGAUAAAGCCUCAAAAAACAUUUUUAAAAUGUCAAAUAACGUGGACUCAGAUGAAAGUUUUCAAAAUGAUAAAUCUUCAGCUCCAAAUACCAAGUAUGAACAAGGUCGUCGCAAAGUUGGCACAGAUGCUCAGGAGUUUUGGUUCUAUAUGAAGGCUAACCUAAAGAAGGCGAGUAGUUUGGCAUCGGGGAACACAAAACUGGUGCAAAAAUUAAAUGACAUGUUGUCACUUGGGGCAGCUUUUGACAGGACCCUGAGCAAUGAUAUAAAGCAGUUGGUUAAAGAAGAUGGUUUCAGUGGCUGGAGGAAGGCCGAGGCUAAGCAGUUGGGUCAGCUGGUUCAGGACAGGAUACAUCAGUUACAGAACCCUAAAGACUGUUAUUCUGCGAAAAAGCUGGUUUGUAAUCUGAGUAAGGGCUGUGGGUAUGGAUGUCAGCUCCACCAUGUGGCCUACUGUUUAAUCAUAGCUCUUGCAACAGACCGUACCUUCAUCUUGGAGUCCAAGAGCUGGAGAUAUGCCCCAAAAGGCUGGGAGACAGUCUUCCUGCCCCUCAGUGAGACUUGUUUGGACAGGUCAGGCCAGGAUACCAAAAUGUGGUCAGGGUCUAGUAACUUGAAGGAUGUAGAAGUGGUAGAACUCCCCAUCCUAGACAGCUUACAUCCUCGUCCUGACCAUCUACCCCUGGCUGUACCUAAAGACCUUGCUGACAGACUCACCCGUAUCCAUGGCAACCCAUCCGUCUGGUGGAUUGGUCAGAUUAUCAAGUAUCUGUGCCGGCCAGUUCCCAAACUGCAGUUGGAUAUUGAGGCCACUAAAGCUGACCUGGGAUUUAAAAAGCCAAUUGUUGGAGUCCAUGUCAGGAGGACAGAUAAAGUUGGUUCAGAAGCUGCGUUCCAUGCCAUUGAAGAGUACAUGGAAUUUGUGGAGGAGUACUAUGACAAGCUGGAGCAGAAACAGAAAGUGGAUAAACGACGAGUCUACCUGGCCAGUGAUGACACCACAGUUUUAAAUGAUGCCAAAACAAAGUUUCCAUCAUAUGAAUUCAUUAGUGAUGUCACCAUUUCCAAGUCGGCUGGCCUUGGCACAAGAUACUCUGAUAGCUCCCUAAGGGGCAUAAUCCUGGAUAUCCACUUCCUCUCUAUAUCAGACUACCUGGUCUGUACCUUCUCAUCACAGGUUUGUCGGGUGGCCUACGAGCUCAUGCAGACCAUGCAUGUGGAUGCUUCUGCAAACUUCCAUUCCUUAGAUGACAUAUUUUACUUUGGUGGACAAAAUGCUCAUAACGUUCUGGCAGUGGAGAAACACGUUCCUGGUGGAAAGGAUGAAAUUGAACUAGAACCUGGUGACUUGAUUGGUGUAGCUGGAAAUCACUGGAAUGGUUUCUCCAAGGGAAUGAACAGGCGUACCGGUCAGAAUGGACUAUAUCCGUCAUACAAAGUGGUGGAGAAGCUUGAGGUAGCGGAUUUUCCCAAAUUUAAGGUAUCAGAAGACAGUUGAUAGGAAAUGUGAUCAUACAUAUACUCUGGCCACCUCAUGUGCUUAGUUGGUCAUUCCAAUAUGAGUAAUUCUCCGAAAAAAAAAAAAAAAAAAAAACAGAAGUGAAGGUGACAGAGGCAUGAAGAACUAUGUCCAGUUUGUCUUAUUUAAUUCUACAUUUUUGUGAUUGUAUUUUGUGCCAUUUGUUACAUAGUUGAAUUCCAGUGUAAAACUGCAGAUGAUUGUUCUGUUGUACUUUAUAAAUAUUCACCUAAAUAAAGACACAUGUUCAUUGUGAAAUCCAAGUGUACAUACUGGACAGGUAUGUACAUGUACUUCAUAUGAAGUAAUUAUAACAGAAUAAGAGGACUCCUUCAACUGCAUUUAAUAGUUUAAAUGUGUAUAUGUUUGAUAUCCAAAUAUUGUAGUGUCAUGGAUUUUGUUUAGUACGUAUCAAGAUUCUGCCCGGUUUCCUCUGAGCAUGUUUAUGGCAGCCGUUGUAUAAGUGAAAUAUUGUCGAGUACAGCAUAAAACAACAAUCAAAUAAAUCAAAUAAAUAAGUACAUAAGAUGUACUUACAGAACAACAUGAAGAGUUAUUGGUGUGAAAAACAGCUAGUAUUUUCUCAUUUAACAAGAAAAAUAGUAUCUGCAUGUUUUAGUGGCCCGAGUUAUAUUUUACCACAUUUUAUCAGUAGUUCUACAGCUCUUAAACCACAACACAGUGUCGUUGUUAAUAUGGGCACUCUGUUCACUGAUAUGACCAGUGCAUACUAUGUUAGGGAUUUAUAGUUAAGAAAUUGAUUUUUAUUCAUUAUUUUUUAUUCAUUAUUUAAGGGAUGGUUAUAUAUUAUGAAUUUAGACAUAGAAUUGCAGGUGGUUCCUGUUUCAUUCUAUGUGUACCUACAUGUACUAUUUUUACUGAAUUUUUAAGAGAAAGUCUUGUUAUUGAUUUUGUUCAGUUUUGUACAUCAAGUACAUGUUUUACUGACUGUGUUGACUAAAAGUCUUAACUUUUCCCCAAGUACGCAUUAGUAUUAUUUGUAAAAGAUUUGGCUGAGAUUUUGUAAUGGCAUGUAUAG